GAGGGCUCGCAGCACCUGAUCCGCUACAGAACCGUGGCCCCUCUGGUGGCCUCAGGAGCCGUGCAGCUCAUCUAGGGGAGAGGCUUUUCCAGGUGUGCAGCGGGCGGGCUGUCGCAGCCCCAGCCAUGCCCGUGGACCUGGCCGUGCGGCUCUGCCUGAGCCAUUCGCCCCCCAUCCGCAAGCUGCUGAACUCCUACGAGGAGCUGCGGGGCAACCGAGGCCGCAAACCCCUCCGAUCCUGUCUCAACCAGAAGCUGAGCGCAGAACCUGAGCCGGAGCGGCGAGACAAGGGCUCCAAGGGCCAGAAGAAGCAGGUUGUGUUUGCUGAUAUGAAGGGGCUCUCACUGACAGCUGUCCGCUUCUUCUCAAAGAUUGAGGAGGACCUCUGUGAUUUGCAGCACGCCCUGUCAGACCUUGCCGGUUCCCGACCUAGCAAAAGCCCCCUGUGGGAAGCGUGCAGGUACGUACUGGACUUCCCACAGCCCUCUGCAAACUAUGUGGCUUUCCGCAACAACCUGCACAGCAACUUUGUCUGCCUGGAGAGUUGUCUGAUCCAGGGCCGUGCUCUGUCAGGGACAGUGAAGGUUAGAAACAUCGAGUACGAGAAGAAAGUGAUGGUCCGCAUCACCUUUGAUGGCUGGAAGAGCUUCCGCGACAUCUCUUGCCAGUUCAUGCACAGCACGUACGGCUCAGCUGACACGGACAUCUUCUCUUUCGAGCUUACCCUGCCCAAGCCGUCCAUUUCCCAUAGGGGCGCAGAGUUCUGCAUCUCCUUCCAGUGUGGACAGAAGACCCACUGGGACAACAACCAUGGGAAGAACUACAAGAUCUGCCACGUGGGCAUGAUCCGCCCUGUCUCCUGCGCUGUGAAGAGUGCCAGCAGGGCCUGGGAGCAUCUUGGCACCUCUGGGGCUGCUGCUCUAGUCCUUUCUCACCUGCAGACCUGGCAGCAUUCAGACCAGGCUCCUUAUUGGUAGGAAGGCAGCAUGGGGAGACAUGUAGGUGCUAGGUGCCCUCCCUGUCCCGACUGGCACAAGGGUCCUUGGGGAGGGUCAGCUGCAGAAGAUGCUGCUCACGGGUUUGUUAGCUCCUUCGUGGCCUGCUGCUCUAUGAGCAGCUGCCAGUCCCUGCAGAAGCUUCUUCACUUCUUGCUGCUGCUUGAAGUAACUCCUGCGUGUAGGGUCUCAGGGCAACACGAGCGUAGGGGAGUGACAAGGGCGGGGCUGUGCGCUGGGACUCGCGGCCAGGUGUGAGCCACGCCGGGAGCUGCGGUGGCCGGUGCCGCCCAAGUGCCGUGUGCGGAGGCCGCUGCAGGCGCUCUCCAGCCGCGGUCCCGAGAAGGGCUCACGGCGGCGGUACUGGGCCGGGCGCGGCGGGCUGCCCGCGGUCGUUGUUGCUGUAACGGGGAGUUAAUAAAGUGACGGCGCUUCGCGA